AUGUGGCUGGAAAAGCUGGUGCUGGUGUACUUGCUGACGCUGUUGAACUCGCUCGACGGAUACUUUCUGGAUAAUCACCACCUGCAGAACAAUGGGCGGCACCGGAGAAAAGAUUCUAACGAGGCGAAGGCAGCACACAGAAACUCAUUAGGUCCAUUACAAAGUCAAUUUAUUACUAAGAAUAACACUAGAGUAAUUAGUCAACGAGGAGGCCUAGCGGUGCUGCCGUGCAGCGUCACCAUGACAACACCAGCCACUGUGUCCUGGUUCCGGCGGAAAGACUACCAGCUGCUGACGGUCGGCCUGUCGACGUACAGCAGCGACGAUCGGUUCCUGGUGGAGCACACGCGCCACCUCGGCAACUGGGCGCUGCGGAUAAAGAACGCCCGAAAGGAGGACGAAGGACUGUACGAGUGCCAAAUUUCCACCCAUCCACCCCAGUCGAUAUUCAUCGAGCUUAGGAUCGUCGAGGCGGUCGCCGAAAUUCUCGAAGCACCCGACCUGCAUAUAAACGAAGGCUCCACGCUGCGACUGGAAUGCAAAUUGAAACGUGCCACCGAGAGCCCGCUGUACGUCUUUUGGUAUCACGAAGAUCGGAUGGUGAACUACGAUCAGGAGGAUGGCGUGGCCGUGUCGAACAAUAAGCUCACCUCCAGCAUCCUGACGGUGCGGAAUGCGACCGCUCGGCACGGUGGCAACUACACCUGCGCCCCGGCCAACGCCCGCCAGUCAAGCAUUUACGUGCACGUGCUGAAAGGUCAAAAGCCAGCCGCAAUACACGAUCCGAACCAGAAUCCGACGGCCACGUCCGGUGCACGGGCCUUCCGGUGUGGUUGGCUUCGGCCCACCACCGACAGCAGGUGUUGCUUGGCCCUUGGAGGGCUGUUGCCGGCCCUCGUCAGUCUCCUCGUGCCACUGGUCCACUGGCUCACGUCCCCGGUGUCCGGUGAUCCCGCCAUGACCGGCAGCCUCUCCCGAAGCGGCACCACCACACGAAGGGAUGACCGGCCUUACCACAAUGGCACGCGGCUCGGCUGCACGCUGCUCUGUAUACUGACCGCUGUUCUACUACCGCUUCCCGUUACGACUAUCUUCAGCAAAAGUAUUAAACUGUUCGAUGUAGUUUAA